GGUAAGGCCUCUUUCCGAACGUGUGAUGUGACAAUAGCAGGCAUUCACCAUUGCACUCGAGGGUGGUCUUCUAUUGUUCUACGCCCACUUCUCUGCGCUUCUCUCUCUUCGUCUACUUUCUGUCUCUUCAGCCGUUCUUGCUCGUUCAAACUAGUCGUGCUCGUCACGAACCAUCCCGUUCAUUGGCUUCUUACCUCCUCUCCCCCUCUUCGAUUUCAUGACCAUGGACGAAGUAAUGAAAAUCCUCAUCUUCCUCUGUCUCCUCUUCUGGCCCAGAAUCUUUGCCGCGCCGCUCUCAGGUCACCACACCUCAACAGAGCACAUCGUUAUUAUCGACAAAGACCACCCAACACGGCCUCGCAUCACCGAUGUGCUACGAAAAGUCGGUUUGCACGAAGCUCACCCUAACAUCAAGCACAUCUACUACAACUCCGCCUUCCACGGCUUCGCCGCCACUAUCCCCACCACCCACGUGGACAUACUUGGCCAUAUGCCAGAGAUCACCCUCGUCGAACAAACCACCUCCAUAAACACCGCCUCCAUUCUCAUCCCCGAAUCUGGCGCCUUCGACACCCGUAACAGCGCUCCCUGGGGCCUCCAACGCAUCUCCACGCCCUCCUCCGUCGCCGGCGACCCAAGCAACCUCAACUUCACCUACGCCUUCGGCAACGCAAAUCUCGGCGCAAACGCCGACAUCUACAUCAUCGACACCGGCAUCUACACCGCGAACAACGUCUUCGGCGGCCGCGCGGAAAUGCUGUGGUCCUUCGACGGCAACCUCAACGACACCGACGGCCACGGCACGCACGUCUCCGGCAUCGCAGGCGGUGCGGUCCUCGGCGUCGCCUCGAACGCCAACAUCUUCGGUCUGAAAGCCCUCGACGGGAGCGGAGGCGGUACAACCUCCGACGUCAUCAAAGCCAUCGAUCUGGUGGUCCGACGGCACGAAACCCGCCGCGCAACAAACUGCACCACCGGCUCCGUAAUCUCCAUGUCCCUCGCCUCGACGGGCGUGGUCCAGUCCUUGAACCACGCAAUUUACGCCGCCGCUACAAAGGCCAAAAUCCACUCCGUAGUCGCAGCAGGCAACAACGCAGGCAGCCCAAACGCCUGCUCCAUCUCGCCCGCCAGCGCAGGCGGCACCAACGGCCCGGCACUCAGCGUGGGCGCGAUAGACAUCACCUCCUCCCCCGCGAGCUUCACAAACUACGGCGCGUGCGUCGAUCUGUUCGCGCCGGGCGUCGAUGUCAUUAGUUCGUGGAUUGGGGCUCCGGAUCGGGUGGCGAGUUUGGAUGGAACGUCGAUGAGUACGCCGCAUGUUACGGGGCUGGUGGCGUAUGCGAUGGCGAACGAGACGCUGGCGGGCGAUCCGUGGGCUAUGAAGGAGUAUAUUCGCGGGACGGCGGUGGAGGUGCGGGGUGGGGUUUUGGUGGCAAAUAAUGGGGUGUUGAGUGAUGGGUAAGUGGCUGUCAAGUUCAAUGCUGUGCGUUGAAUCUUUCCAUGGCGCGACAAACAUGCCUUUCACGGGGGGAAGAUUUUCUGAAGAAGCCAAGAUUUCUAUA